AUGCUGCUGUGGACCGUGGCCACCAGGCAGAGUGGGGUUUCCCGGGAAAUGUUUCUGACCAUCGCUGUCUGGCUGGCUUGGCAGGAAACCUCCGCGGCGCCGACCCCUACGGCCGAUGACCUGAACCUGGGAGUUGACUGGCUGACUAAAUUUGGCUACCUGCCUCCUCCAGGCCCUGUCACAGGACAACUGCAGACCCAGGAAGAGCUUGCAAAAGCCAUCACAGCCAUGCAGCAGUUUGGAGGCCUAGAAGCAACAGGGAUACUAGAUGAAGCUACACUGGAAUUAAUGAAGACACCUCGUUGCUCUCUACCUGAUCUUGCUGAGUCAGAGACCAGAAAGAAGCGGCACACUCAGGCCGUGACAAAGUGGAAUAAAAGGAACUUAUCUUGGAGAGUCCGCACCUUCCCCAAAGAAUCCCACCUGGGCCAUGACACGGUCCGCGCCCUCAUGUACUAUGCCCUGAAGGUCUGGAGUGACAUCACCCCGUUGAAUUUCCACGAGGUGGCGGGUAACAACGCUGACAUACAGAUAGACUUCUCCAAAGCGGACCACAAUGACGGGUAUCCCUUUGACGGGCCUGGCGGAACGGUAGCACACGCUUUCUUCCCCGGAGACCAUCAUACCGCAGGAGACACUCAUUUCGACGAUGAUGAAUAUUGGACCUUCCGAUCAUCAGAUGCCCAUGGGAUGGACCUGUUUGCCGUGGCAGUCCAUGAGUUUGGCCACGCCAUCGGCUUGACCCACAUCUCUGCCUUAGAAUCUAUCAUGAGACCCUAUUACCAGGGACCGGUGGGGGAUCCCCUGAAGUAUGACCUGCCUUACGAAGACAAAGUCAGAAUCUGGCAGCUGUAUGGAGUCAGGGAUUCUGUGUCCCCAACAGCCAAGCCUGAAGUAACCAAAACUGACGACCACCCCGUUCUCCCAGAGCUGCCAGAGAACCGCUCCACUGUGCAGCUCAGAAGAGAUAUGCCCAACAGGUGCAACACUCACUUUGACGCUGUGGCUCAGAUCAGAGGCGAGGCUUUCUUCUUCAAAGGCAAGUACUUCUGGAGACUGACUCGCAAUAAACACUUGGUCUCCCUCCAGCCAGCUCAGAUCCACCGUUUCUGGCGGGGUCUCCCUCUCAAUAUGGACAGUGUGGACGCGGUGUACGAGAGAACCAAUGACCACAAGAUCGUGUUCUUCAAAGGAGACAGAUACUGGGUGUUCAAAGACAAUAACGUGGAGGAAGGAUACCCUCGGCCAAUUUCGGAUUUUGGCUUGCCACCGGGAGGCAUCGACGCUGCUUUUUCCUGGGCCCACAAUGACAAGACUUAUUUCUUUAAGGACAGUCUCUACUGGCGCUAUGACGACCAUGAGCGGAGGAUGGAUCCUGGCUAUCCUUCCGAGACCACUUUGUGGAAGGGCAUUCCAAGCACGUUAGAUGACGCAAUGAGAUGGUCAGAUGGUGCAACCUAUUUCUUCAGGGGCAAGGAGUACUGGAAAGUGUUGGACAAUAACCUGGAAGCAGAACCUGGUUACCCUCAGUCCAUCGCCAGAGACUGGCUGGUGUGCGGUGACAUGCAGUCUGAUUCUCCAGACUCAGCAGGGAGCAGCAGGACUGGGGCGCACUCCAAGCAAGGGCAGCACGACGAGAGCCGUUCAGAAAACGGCUACGAGGUCUGCUCAUGCACCUCUUCCUCAGAUUCCCUCUCGGCCCACCCGGCACUCAGACUCUCAGCAAGCCUUCUGCUAGCAAGUGUGUGGACAGCAGCAGUGGCUUGCGCAGCACUAUGA